AUGGCUUCAGUUCCAUUGUGUGAUUUAACUUCUCACGGGUACGUUGUUCAGCAAUGGGUUGCGCACUGCUUCGACGAUUUUGGAGAUGUGUUUCUUGGCAGAUACAACGACUCGACACGAAUGGCUAUAAAAAGAAUACCAUUGGAUGCAUUUGAUAUCACCGUCGAUAUACGGACAGAGGAUCCUGAGGCGAAUACACGAACACUUGUGUAUGCAAAAUCGCCAGACAGAGGCCAACUGUUAAGGGAUGAUAUUCAUAUGAUGAAGCUGCUUCGACACCCUCAUAUUGUGGAUUUUCACGCGUGUUUUGUGGAUGGAACAUAUCUGUUUUUAAUUCUCGGAAGCUGUGCUUUUGGUUCGGUUACGGAUAUAAUGAUGUCUUCGUAUCAAUGUGGUAUACCUGAGAAAGCAAUUGCAGUGAUUCUUCGCCAGUUGCUGGACGCGCUUUCCUAUCUUCAUGCUCAACAAAUUAUUCACAGGUCCAUUCGUGCAAGUCAUAUACUGAUUGACUCACAAGGUGUAGUACGAUUAACCGGGUUUCGUCUUGCACGAAAACUCGCCCACGGUGAAAAGUCUACGACAGAUUUUGACAAUCAUCUUGAAUCCUCGCUGCUGUGGUUAGCACCUGAAGUGCUCGGGCAGGACCUUAGUGGAUAUUCGAGCAAAGCUGACAUCUAUAGUGUUGGUGCAACAUUGUGUGAAAUGGCGAAUGGAUUUCCGCCAUUCGGCGACAUGAAUCGACUAGAGAUGCUUUACGAGAAGUCUAGAGGAACUACACCACGUCUUUUAGACUCGACGACGUUACCAUCCUUUGAAGAACCAUCUGAACACACUAAGCGUACUUUCACCGAAUCUUUUCACAACUUAACUGGAAUGUGUUUAAAAGCAAAUCCCGCCAAUAGGCCGGAUGCUAACGCUCUUCUUUCUCACCCAUUUCUGAAGAAAACGAAGAAAUCACUAAUUGACUUCAUGCCACUUGCUCAAAGAUUAGAACAAGUAGAACGAGUAUCGGGUAAAAGAGACGUAGUCGUGGAGAGGCACAAUGUUCCUGAAUGGGUAUUCUGA